AAUACCCUACCUAGCUACUUUUGUAAGUCCACACCAAAUCUAAAAUUUUGAAAUGGCUAGUAUUUAGUUCCUUUCCUAUGGGAGAAUCUUCCCAAGAGAAGGGUUUGUCCUAUGUUCCUCAUCACCCCUAUAACACCCCCCUUGCUAACAAUCUUUCGUCAAACCCUAUCGUUUCCGACAUCCCUUUGAUUGAUAUCUCCGGGCUAUUCACGUCAACACAUCUAUCCCAACGAGGUCUUGUCGUGCGACGCAUUAUGGACGCUUGUCGCCGUUAUGGUUUCUUUCAGAUUAUUAAUCACGGGAUAGAACAAUCUACUAUGGACGAGGCGAUUUCUAUGGGCACCAAAUUCUUUGAAUUGCCUAACCAUGAGAAGGAGAAGUUAAUGUCGAGCAACGUGCACAAACCGGUGAGGUAUUGUACAAGUAUAAUGGCCGAGAUUGACAAGGUUCGAUUUUGGAGGGUGUUCCUCAAACAUUAUGCUCAUCCUUUGCAAGAAUGGCUUGGUCUUUGGCCUAAUAAUCCUCCUGAGUACAGUGAAAAGAUGGGCAAAUAUGCAGUGGAAGUAAGAAAUGUAGUCAUGAAAAUAACAGGGGCCAUAACAGAGGGCUUAGGACUUGGUCCUAUAUACAUGAGGGACCAAAUGGAACAAGGCAUGCAAAUCAUGAUAAUCAAUGGCUACCCACCUUGUCCUAACCCUAGCCUAGCCCUCGGGCUCCCGCCUCACACGGACUACAGUUCCCUCACCAUUGUCCUACAAAGCGAGCCCGGGCUGGAAAUCUUUGACAGGGAUGAUAACAUAUGGAAAUUGGUUCCCAAUGUGAAAGGUGCGUUGCAAGUGAACGUAGGAGACCAGAUCGAGGUGUUGAGUAACGGUUCUUACAAAGGAGUGAUACAUAGGGCUAUCGUUAACGAUAAACAGACUAGGGUUUCGGUCACUAGUCUCCAUAGCUUGGCCUUGGAGGAAAAGAUGGUGCCGGCAAGAGAACUUGUGGAUGAGGAACAUCCCAUAGGGUACAAAGAGAGCAGCUUAAAUGAUUUUCUUAAUUUUUUGUCAAAGAUUGACAUAAACAAAGGGAAUAAUGCCUUCAUAGACACACUUAAGAUAAGUGAAUAGAUGAAGUCAUUAUAAAUUAGUUUCCUUUCAUUUUACUUCUUUACUAAUAAUACUAGCUAUGAUGUAUUGAUUUUUGUUUGUUGCUAUUGUGUGUUGCUUAUUAGAAUUUUGCCUUAAUGUUUAUUUGAACUAA